AGAUUUUAAAUCUCGAUCUGAGUUUCAACGAAAUUGCCUUUUUACCGGAUCGUAUCUUUUCCAAUUUACGAAAUACCAUCAAGCUGGAUCUCUCCAGGAAUCACAUUGAGGCUAUUUCCGAGUAAGAUAUCAAGCUCAUUCCUUUCUCCGUUUUUUUAUCCAUCAUUUUUGCUCUUCGAUUUUCCUGCUUUGAUGCAUACUACAAAUGUCCUCAUUCAAUGGAUGUGUCUGCAUUUAUUUCGUCCAGGAAUCUCUUCACGGGAUUAACGUCAUUGCGGGAAUUGAAUAUGGCAAGAAACAAAAUGAUCGAAAUUCACGAUCAAGCUUUUGUCUCACUGGUGAAUCUCCGCAUCGCUGAAUUUUCAUUCAACGCGUUGGCACUGCGCUCUUCCGAAACAACGAUCCACUCGCCGUUUCACUACGCCGAGAAACUUGAAGAACUUCACUUGGAUCAUAACAACGUUUCCAACAUUUUUGCAGACUGGAUGUUCUCGAUGAACUCAAUGAGAGUUUUGAAUCUCGCCUACAACAAUCUGCAAUACUUGAUGCACGAGGAUUUGCAGUUCUUGUCGGAAAAUUUGUACGUCGAUCUUACGAACAAUAAUAUAAGUCACGUGUAUUUGGAUGGAGUUGAGUCCUGGGCGGCAGAGCGAACUUAUUCACGAAACUUGAUAAUCUCGAUAGAAAAGAAUCCGAUUGAAUGCGAUUGCGAGCUUUACAGUUUGCUUCGUUAUCUUGAGGGGCGACUCAACAGUAAUGUAAAAAAGGCGUUCAUACUUGAAAUUGGUCACACGAAAUGCGAGGCACCGAAUGAAUUGAAGGGAACAAUAAUUAUGAACUUGCGGUCGAAGACUUUCAAGUGCGAAACAAAUCAAAUUUCAAAACUCAAGAAUUCUUGUCCCGAUCAAUGUGGAUGUUACGUGAGACCGGAAAACAAAGCUUGUUUAGUCAAUUGUGUCAACGAGGGAUUUAUCGAAACUCUGAAAAAGGUAGAGUGUCCGGUCGAUCAUUCGAUCGAAUUGAAUUUCAGCGGUAAUUCGUUGAGCAGUAUGCCUAAUGUCAACUGGCCAGGUUACGAGAGGAUCUCCGUACUGGAUCUCGAUCAUAACAAUAUUUCGAGUAUUUCCAUUGAGAUGCUUCCACCAAAUCUCAAGGUACUAAAAUUGAGUAACAACGCUCUGGCAAGAUUGGAUGGAGCGGUUAUCGAUUAUUUGGAAAAUUCAACGCAAUUAACGAGACUCUCUCUGGAUUCGAAUCCGUGGAAGUGUGACUGCGACGCGCGUCGAUUUCUCAAUUUCAUACAAAAGAAGAGCCUCGAAAUUCCCGAACUCAUGAAGAUCACUUGUUCCGGUAGAGAAUCACUUCCGAUUCACCAAAUGACCCCGGACGAGCUCUGUCCCACGAACAACAUGUGGAUCAUCAUCGGUUGUUCCCUAAUUGCUCUUCUCGGUUUAAUCCUCGGGACUCUAGCCGCUGUGUACUAUCGUUAUCAGAUGGAAAUCAAAGUUUGGCUUUACGCGAAAAAUUUGUGUCUCUGGUUCGUGACGGAGAACGAGCUCGACAGAGACAAACUCUUCGACGCGUUCAUCAGUUAUUCUCACAAAGACGAGGACUUCGUCGUUAAUGAUCUGAUACCGAAACUCGAGGCGGAGCCAAGGCCAUUCAAGCUGUGCGUACACUUCCGAGAUUGGCUGGCCGGCGAAUGGAUACCGAAGCAGAUCGCACGCUCGGUCGAAGAAUCACGACGCACGAUCGUCGUGCUGUCGCCAAAUUUUUUGGAAAGCGUCUGGGGCCGCAUGGAAUUCCGGGCUGCUCACAGCCAAGCUCUCAGCGAAGGGAGAGCGCGAGUGAUCGUUAUUUUGUACGGUGACAUUGGUCCAACGGAGGAACUCGAUCCUGAGCUCAACGCAUAUUUGAGCAUGAAUACAUACGUUAAGUGGGGCGAUCCGUGGUUUUGGCAGAAGCUCGAAUACGCGAUGCCACAUCCGCCCGGAAUAAAGAAGCGUAAAUCACGUAAAAGCAUUUUUGAAAGUACGCAGCCUCCUCGCAUCGCAAUGCCAAGCGACAAAUCCGAAUUAAUAAACUCAUCGGGGACUCCCUCCACACCGCCUAUUUCAACCACACCACCCGCUGAUUCUGUCAAAAUUUUCAUAGUCAACGGUGUCACGGACAACGAAUAUGAAAAGCCAGCGAUCAACAACAUCGAUCGAAAUGCCUUACCUCCAGCUAUCACUGAUUUAAAUCCUAAUAAAAGUAACAGUGUCUUCAACAAAAUUCAGUGCACGACCGUUUGACGCGAUACUUUCUGACUCGAAAAAUAUUAAAUCGUAUCUUUCUCACCGAAGUUGACGAACAUUUGAGAAUUCCUAGAGCUGAAAGAAAAAAAAAACAAAAAAUGGGACGCGACACGUUCGCGGGAAAAAGAGCAUUUUCCAUUCUACGCGCUAUGCCAGUAAAUAUUUUUCACAAAUUAACAGUGUACUCGGACGAGUUACUUGAAAUAGAACUUGAAUGAAAAUCGACGAGAGACGUUACUCCCGGUAGAGAACAAACUUCGGAAGAAGAUUAUUCGGACGAGCCCCUUCUGGGCCUUGCGACUGCCAUUGUUCUCUCAAUUUCAAUUGACCGUUAGAACCUUGAUCAACUUGACGCGAUCCGUUUUGAAAAGGAUCCACCGUGCUACCGUUUUAUGAACUUCGCACCAAAUGACUGAAAAAUAUCGAUACGCGAUGUUUCAUUUGCAUUUGAUACUCAUUUUUUCCUCAUCAUUUUAAUUUAUUACGGACACUAAUAUAAUGUCAUCAGUAACAAAAAAACAAACAUCAUUCUUCCGGCAACUGAUUGCCGAAUUUAGACGUUAUAAAAAUACAUACUGAAAUUGUAAAAAUUUCGAUAUUUUUGACCAUUCAAAAAUUCAGGUGAAUUUCGUAUGUGGCUGAAAGAUUUUUUUCGAAAUUGUCCUAUUUUUGACAACAUGAUCCGUAAUUUCUGUAAGACUGAGCAUAAUUAUAGUUCACCACGUUACCGUCAUAAAUUGUAAUUAAAAUUGUAUAUAUAGAUAUAAUUUUGUAAGCGUACAAAAUAAUAAAUAUUCGAAUAGUUGUUAA